GGCUACCAGUUCUUGAUAAGUAGUUCGAAGGUAACAAUGCAGGAUAUCGUAAUCCGUGACAUCUUUGGCGCGCAUGUAAUCCUUGUGUUUAUCAAAGUAAUGCUUAUCGGUCGUCUAGAAUAACUGAGUCUCGGCUUGUAUGUCGAUGGCGAUUGUAAAAAAAACCCCGAUAACGUCUCCUUCCACUGUCCACGCGAAAUUGACUUAUUAACAGUGGAAGUGGACUCGUUUUCAAAACUUGUCUGUCACGGUCUUGUCUCGGGAGCAGUUGUGCGAAGAUGAAUCUUGCCUUGUUUUGGCAAAUUGCUGUGUGUGGUUGUGUUUGUGGGAGGCCAAUGGUCGGCAGCUAAAUUGAUUGAACUUCAUGAACUUCAGCGUUAGUCGCCGCGUCGUUGAUAAGAUAUAUCAGACAGCCAGGAAUUAAUAGGCAUAGAUAGAAGCCAACUCAUGACGAUCGUCAUACAGCAGGCGUCGCUUAAUUAUUCACUUCGCAUUCAGUUCAGCAACCGUGGAGAUGGUGGUAACCGUAGCAACCGGUGUGUGGUGGUUGAUAGUACGAAUGUCUGAUCGUCUCAUCUUGGGAGGUCAUACCAACGACGAUUAAAUUAAUCGCGAUCGUCGAAAAUACAGUGUAAAAAAGAGUUUCUAGCGGUAGUGAUCUCACAGCUGCCUCAAAAUGGAGGGGUACUUAGUGCUCGUGAUUGGAUUCGCAUCGCUGCUGGUGGUGCUGUAUGUCUACCUAAAGAAAAACAAUAAAUUCUUCGAGCAGUUCCCUAUACCAUGUCUGCCGGUAGAACCAUUAUUCGGUAGCCAGCGGGCGGUAUUACUGAGACAAAUCUCAGUAAACGGCUUCAUUCGCCAAAGUUAUGCAUCAUUCCCGGGCGCAAAAAUGUAUGGCAUGUUCGAGUUGGUCACGCCAAUGUUUGUUAUUCGCGAUCCGGAGCUAGUGAAGCGCAUCACGGUGAAGGAUUUCGAUCAUUUCAUUAACCAUCGAUCGAUGGUUUCGGGAGACAGUUCCAGCAGCUCUAGCGUCAUGUUUACGAAGGCACUUUUCAACCUUAGUGGACAGCGUUGGCGUAACGUACGUACCACCCUGAGCCCAACGUUUACCGGCAGCAAGAUGCGGCACAUGUUUACCAUGAUAGUGGAGUGCAGCCAGAAUAUGGUCCAGGCACUGGAAACUGCUUCUGAACGCGAGUGCGAGAUGAAGGAGCUGUUCAUACGCUUCACGAACGACGCCAUUGCAUCCUGUGCGUUCGGAGUGCGCAUCAAUUCGUUCCGUGACGAGCAGAACGUGUUCUUCCGCUAUGGUAAAGAGAUAUCCAACUUUAACCGCUUGCCAGUGUUUGUCAAGAUUAUGGGCUACCAGUUCUUUCCCAAGCUGAUGGGAUGGCUCGAUGUUGACAUUUUCGACCGUAAGCAUGUUCAGUUUUUUGCGGAUCUGUUCAGAAGUCAGGUUCAGGAGCGCGAACAGCAUGGCAUCGUGCGUCCCGAUAUGAUCCAUUUGCAGAUGCAAGCUGCAAAAGGAAAGCUGCGCCAUCUGCCGCAGGAGCGCGAGGAAGUGGAGAGCUUUGCAACGGCGAAAGAAUCGAACGAGGAGAAGCUUCUACCAGAAGGGGCCCACACAGAGACGCUCAGUGAGCAGGAGAUGGUGGCCCAAUGUCUGAUAUUCUUUCUGGCAGGUUUUGAUAUAGUCGCCAAUUCAAUGUCGUUUCUAAUGUACGAGUUGACGAUGGCGUCCGACAUACAGGAACGUCUGUACGAAGAGGUCAGGGAGGUGUCAGACUCGCUGGAAGGGAAAUCGCUCACGUACGAUGCUCUACUAGGGAUGCGAUAUCUAGACAUGGUUGUAUCGGAGGUACUGCGAAGGUGGCCACCGAAUCCGGCCAGCGAUCGUCAAUGUAACCAGGAUUACAAGGUGACUGGAGAAGGUGGUGCACCUGACGUCGUUAUCCCCAAGGGUGUUACCGUGUCUAUCCCUAUCGUUGGACUGCACCACGAUCCGCAAAUCUAUCCCGAUCCAGACCGCUUCGAUCCGGAGCGUUUCAACGAAGAGAACCGACAGAAGAUUCCACUCGGAGCGUAUCUUCCGUUCGGAAUAGGACCCCGUAACUGCAUCGCAUCCCGAUUCGCGUUGAUGGAGAUCAAAGCGAUCGUGUACCAUUUACUGCUAAACUUCGAGUUUCAGCGCUCGGACCGUACACAGGUACCGAUACAGCUGGCAAAAGGAUUCGUCCCUUUGAAAGCAGAAAAGGGCAUUCAUCUAAAGUUGAAACCGCGUCAUUACCAACAGUGAAAAAAUGUAUCUAACAUCUUGCCCAACUUGUUAUCACUAAUGAAUAAAUAAAGUAUUUUUCGCAAGCAUA